UUUCCCCAAAGUCUGAGCUUCAUUCAGUUGGUUCCAACCAGCCCACCUGCAGCAGCAUCGGAGUUCUUGCCAGGCCCCCGCUGGGGAGGUUUUCCACAGGCAUUUAUUUGUCGAGAGGAAAGAUACAUAGUGAGGGCAGUCAGCAGAAUGAGUCUCGUCUCUCUACGGGGUGGUUUGCUGACAAGGGGAAGCUGAAGGAUUUCCUAUAGGCAGGAGAAGAAUAGCCCAGCCCAUUUGGUGAAGGAGAUAUCUGGAAACUGCUCUUCAGUCUCAAAUAGAUCUCACUGGCCUCGGUUGGCGGUUGGCCCCAGAUCUCCUCGGUUUCCUCGGGCUCUGACCGACCUGGCGAUCCAGAUAGCACAAUUUAGCCAAAGCGGUGACAACUGCCCUGCUCUGGGCUGACUCCCCCAGGAGGGAUUUCCUUUGCAAUGGCACCGAGUGGAAAACAGGACGUUUAACAUCGACUGAUGCUGGGCCAGCUCCAGAUGGGUAAAAUCCCACACCACCAGCCAGAAGAAAUGAAGUCUCUGGAGAGAACAAUUUUAUUCUUUCUGUUCCUCAUGGUGACUAAAUCUUCCCAAACUGCCCUGAACUUGAAUUUAAAGCCCAUUGUCCAUUCUCUGCUUCCCCAGGAACACGGACAAGCAGAGGAGACCUACUGGAAAGAAGCAUCAAGGCAAAAACGAGACGUCGCUUCGAAUACCUUCACGCCUGGAGAAUACGUGAUUGAUGUUGAGCUGAGUUUUGAAAAUGCUUCCUUCCUGGAGCCCGUCAAAGAGUAUCUGAAGAACCUCGGCUUUCCGAUCCUUGGGCAAACCACAGGCAGAGCAACAGACAUUUUAAGCAUCGAGGUAACCACAGUGUGCAGCACCAGUGGGAAUGAAAGCCACUGCUCCUGUGAGAGCGGCUAUGGAUGGCCCCCUGAGACGUGCCGCACGAAUCUCGCCUGCCCAGGAUACCACAGGGCAGCCCUGGGACGGGCCUGCAGCUGUCUCACCAGACCGCCUCCUGAAGCUCCCUCCUGCCAACGAGUCUCUCUGAAAGAUGUUAUACUGAAGAUGUCCAUCAAACUCAACCUGGGGUUUCAGGAAGAUCUGUGGAAUUCCUCAUCGGCAUUGUAUCGGUCAUAUAAAACAGAUUUGGAAGGAGCGUUCACAAAAGGUUACAGAUAUUUACCUGGCUUCAAAUCAGCCAUAGUUACGGGUUUCAGGCCUGGAAGCGUUGUGGUUGUUUAUGAAGUCCAGACAACGACACCAACUCCUGAGCAGCUCAAAAAAGCAAAUGACCAUGUAUCAAGAAUAAUCAACGCAACAUACAGAAUGGAACCCUUAUCCUUUCAAACAGCUGUCGACAAUGAAACAGAGUUUUCCAUCACUCCAGAUAUCAUUUUUGAAGGAGACACAGUGACCAUGGUGUGUGAAACAGAAGUUCAGUCUACAAAUGUAACCUGGCACCGCUUGGAUAGACUCUACGUUGGUUUUCAAAAUGACAGCAAACAUUCAGUUUUUACUUAUUUGAGCAACCAGACUUCAAUAUCAGUCUUUACUAUUACCAACAUUUCUCUGAGUGAUGCCAGUGAAUAUAUCUGUACUCUGACCUAUGACAUAUUUGAAUAUGAAUCCAGGAGAAAGAUAAAUGUCACCGCCAUGGAAAUUGUGGAGUCAGAAGAUAUGGAGGUGAUGUGUGACAAUAAUCCUGUGUCCUUGAGUUGCUGCUGUGGAAGCAAUUUUAAUUUGAGUCGUUUUGUAUGGAAGCAGAACGGAAAUAUAAAUAUUCCAGGAAUCACCAGCUCAGGUUCAGGCUGCAGUAAUUAUACCAUCAAGGCCAAUAGUAGUCAGUGUCCGAGGGGUUCAUCCGGAGCUCUAGGCACGUACACGUGUGAAUUCAGCACAGACCAUGGAGCCCGAAGCAGUAGGAACAUUGCGGUAACUUUUUCAUCUGUGGCCAAUUUAAUAAUAACCCCAGGCCCGAUUUCUAUUUCUGAGGGACAAAGUUUUUCUAUCAAGUGCAUCAGCGACGUGAAUCACUACGAUAUGGUGUUCUGGAACACUUCUGCUGGAGUGAAAAUAGACCGCAAGUUUUACACUACAACCAGAUACCACGAUAGAGUUGAGUCUGUGCUUACAGUAGGCACUGCAUCCAUGGAGUGGAACGGUACCUAUCAGUGUAUAUUUAAAUAUAAAAGUACUCAGAGUGUGGCAGCCAAUGAAGUCACUGUUCACCCUCUGCCUCUGAAACAAGACAUCAUGCUUGAUCCCCUGGAAGCUGUGGUUCCGUGUAAUAGCUCACAUAUCUUCAAGUGCUGCCUAGUUGAAGGAGGAGACUACAGAGUGACUUUCCAGAUUGGUUCCUUGUCAUUUCCGGCUGUAAGAGCAGCUAAAGGAUUCCGAGAAUGCUAUGUCUACAAUUACUUCGCCCGCAUCACUACUGAAUGUCCCAUAACUACUCAAGUGUCGUGUACCAUUAUCAACAGAGUAAAUGCUUCCAUCCAAAGUGCACCUAUGACGCUGAACUUAAUUCCCGGAGAGACGGUUUCAUGUCAAGAUCCCAACAUAGGUGCUGGAGGGCCAGGCAAAGUUAUUCAGAAGAUGUGCUCGUUUUCAAAUAGUUCAAGUAGCCUGGAGGUGGGAGGAACCAUCACCUAUAAAUGUGAAGGCAAGGAGUGGAAGGUCGAGAGAAACAACUGUAUUUCUGCACCAAUCAAUAGCUUGCUCUUCAAGGCAAAGUCCUUGCUUAAAAGCCCCGAGCAAGAAGAGAAGCUGCCGACGUUCCUUCAGAAUUUAUCGCAUAAUACGGUUUCUGGGCAAAAUGAAAUUAGCUCUUCCCCUUCCAACCUGGCGGCCGUAGUAAACAUCUUGGACUUGGUCUCAACUGUUCCCACUCAAGUGAAUCAAAACACUAUGGCGCUCUUUCUCUCUACGGUUAACGUGCUCAUUAGCAAGCCCACUCUGAGUACCUGGAAAGUCCUGAAUCAACAACAGGUCAACGAAAGUUCCCGGUUACUGGAUUCGGUGGAGAGAUUCUCUCGAGUUUUGCAUUCAGCCGGUACCACCAUCCCGCCCAUCAAACAUGCCAACGUGCAGCUGAAAGGUAUCGUGACCUCGGCCGAUCAAGCGACCGACUACAAGGAGAGCUUUGUGUUCCAGGACUCUGACCUCUGGGGUGACGUGUUCAUCAAGAAGCAGCAGAUCGAAAGCCUGAAACCAAAUUCAUCCGUCGUGACGGUGGCUUAUUCCACCCUCAGAUCCAUCCUCCCCCAGGACGGCUGGCCCGUCGAUUUGGUCAACGGCUUGGUGAUGACCACGACGGUGAGCCAGAGCGUCACCAAGUCAUUCAAGAUCUCAAUGAAAUUCAAGAAGAACAAACCUUCGUGGUGGGUGCCACAGUGUGUCUUCUGGAACUUUAAUCUCUCCAACCACACUGGGGGUUGGGAACAGAGCGGAUGUGCCGUGGACCACGUGGACCGAGAUCACGUCUUCUGUACCUGCAACCACCUGACCUCCUUCUCCAUCCUCAUGUCCCCAGAGUCACCCGACCCCAGUUCCCUUCUGAAAAUACUGCUGGACGUGAUCUCUUACAUCGGACUGGGCUUCUCUAUCUUGAGUCUGGCAGCCUGCCUCAUCAUCGAAGCCCUGGUCUGGAAAUCAGUGACCAAAAACCGGACUUCCUACAUGCGUCACAUCUGCAUCGUGAACAUCGCGGCCUCCCUCCUGGUGGCCGACUCUUGGUUCAUCGUGGCCGCCGCCAUUCACGACCAGCGCUGCCCGCUCAACGAGACGGCCUGUGUGGCUGCCACGUUCUUUAUCCACUUCUUUUACCUCAGCGUCUUCUUCUGGAUGCUGACCCUGGGCCUGAUGCUCUUCUACCGCCUGGUUUUUAUCCUCCACGACACCAGCAAGUCCAUCCAGAAAGUGAUCGCUUUCUCCUUGGGCUACGGCUGCCCGCUCGUUAUCUCAGCCAUAACGGUGGGGAUCACUCAGCCCCGGGAUGUCUACACCCGGAAGAACGCCUGUUGGCUUAACUGGGACGACACCAAGGCCCUGUUGGCUUUCGUCAUCCCCGCACUGAUCAUCGUGGUGAUCAACUUGACUAUCACCAUGGUCGUCAUCUCUAAAAUCCUCAGGCCUUCCAUUGGGGACAAGCCCACCAAGCAAGAGAAGAACAGUCUGUUUCAAAUCAGCAAGAGCAUCGGGGUCCUUACGCCCCUAUUGGGUCUUACCUGGGGGUUCGGGCUCGCCACGGUGUUUGAGGGGAGCUCUCCAGCUUUCCACAUCAUAUUUACCCUCCUGAACGCCUUCCAAGGUUUAUUCAUUUUGCUGUUUGGAUGCCUCUGGGACAAGAAGGUGCAAGAAUCCUUGCUGAACAAGUUCUCACUGUCCAGGUGGUCUUCACAGCAUACAAAGUCGACAUCUCUGGGCUCCUCCACUCCGGUAUUUUCCAUGAGUUCACCAAUCUCAAGAAGGUUCAACAAUUUGUUUGGAAAAACAGCGACAUGUCCAAGCACAGAUGGAAGCCUUGUUAGCAGCUCAUGAGUUUGAUGGCACAUAUAACGUGUCUACUCCAGAAACAACCAGCUCCUCCGUGGAAAACUCAUCCAGCGCUUAUUCUUUGCUUAACUGACCUAUUGAAGAUAGAACAGUCGAACUAUGCAACUCGUGGAAACAGGGAAUUUUUACAUACCGAAACGCUCCAAAAGAGAGAGAUGGGCAGUACUAUUGAUAAAAUGUUUUCUCUCUCUCUCUCGGCCUCCACUAGCCAAGCUUACAAAGAUUUUGGCAAUAGGGAAUUGGUUACAUAAAAUCCGGUAAAGAUUAAUGUGAAGUCACCUCAGAUGUGGACGGUCUUUUAGGACCCUUUGGUCUCUCUUCUCUGGCUUGAUCCUGGAACAAGAUCUGCCAAGAGAAUUGAUCUCUGACCAGAGAUGGGUCCAAAGGUGAGCUUGCAUUGAAAAAUGAAUCACCUAAAAUCGCAUUUCAAAGAAAAGUAUUCGGGUGACCUUUGAAAAAGAGAAGUUGGCAAAGACAGUUUUCCAUGUGGAUGGGAGUUCUCUGAAGAGACAGCACGUUGCUGCAAAAACAAAGUUGAUGAGAGAAAGCCCGGAGAGGAAAAACUGAAAAGAAAUGAGAGAAAACCUGGUCCAGCUUGACUGAAGGGUUAAACAGGAAAUAGGAAGUGGUAGAGGUGAAAAGGAAAUGAUGGCAUAUUAUUUUCAAGAAUGAUGAUAUUUAUUAAGCUCUUACUUUGCCAAGCACUGUGCUAAGCACUGAGGUAGGUAGGUGAUAAUCAGAUCAAUCGGGUUCAAAUAUACAACUUUGCAUAUUUGAGGAUUAGUAUUUGUCCCACUGGGGGAUGCACCUCUUGGAAAUCUUCUAUUCAAAAUAGCUGAAUUAUGAAAAAUUCGUCAAUUUCCAGGAAACAUUUUGGGGCUGAAAAUGCAAUCCCAACAGUCAUUUAUUCAGCAAGUAUCUAAUAGCUUUAAACAGGUACUUCUCCACGCAGCAUAUGGUAGAUUUGCAUAAUGCUUAUUACUCUGUCUUGUUAUUAUUCUUGUUUGCUCAUGUUUUGCACAGCUGAAUAUUAUCUCUCCAGAGUCUUAUGCUGUCACGGAUGGAUAUGCAUCAUGUCUUUUUUACACGGUGUCUACAGGGGCCCUUUCACCUCUAGAAGUGACUUGUUGCCCUGCAAUACUUUAACUUAAUGUACAGAUGACGGAACUUUUCACGAGGUUCUUUUUUUCCAUGUGUGUAUCAUAUUUAAAUAAUUAUCAUCAUUAUAAAUAUUUAUUGUGCGUGUGCCCUGUGCUAUGUACCAAGCUAAUGCCUGCACAGGAUAUAUAGGAGGCAAGAACCCCACCUCUGCAUCUUAAAACGAGGUAGAUGAAGGCAAAUCCUGUUGAGAAUCUCAUCUAUUUUUGGGCUGUCCCUUCUUCUCUUUCCCUUUUUAUUUAUUUAAUUCUAGGGCUCACUCGCUCCACAACAUUACCUUCUCUCGGGUGAUGAGAGGGAGGUUCAGGGGAGCCUGUGGUGAGUUCAGGGGAGAUUGAAAAACCCAUUUCCUUCUUCAGAAAGUGACAUGGUGGCAGCAGCAUGGGCUGAAAAAUUCCCCCAGAUAAUUGACCUAGUUAGACUACCUACCGCAGCUUGGAUGUCCAAGUUAUCAGUCUGCCACUCCAUGUUAACAUGAGUAUGGGGAAGGCUUUGGGAAUGGGAUGGGUUGGGAAAGUUUUGGAAGUGGAUUUGGAAAGAGUAGAGGGAGUCACCUCGAUAAAUGUAGGAUGAGAGGUUAAGCCAAGCGGAGGGAGGGAUGUGCCUGAGAAGAGAGAUGAAUUUUGGAGUGAGAGAAAUGGACGGAAGGCUAGCAGAAAGCUAACUGGUCUAAUACUGAAUUUGACACAUCUUUUCUCCUCACACUUAAAUCAAGGGAAGGCAAACAGAGACCCAUAUGUUCCACCUCGUUGCCAGAACUGCCGAAAAAGAAAAGAAGAAAAGUAAGGGCCGAAUUCUGCCCCCGAGGAUCUCCACUGAACUUCCAUUGCCUUCAAAAAAAGAAAAGGCGGUCCAAGGGAACCUCUGAGGGUGGCCCAUGGAGUUGGAUUUAUGUCUCUUUAAGUGCUACAGUUCCACGGGGUGGGAGGCUGGCCCUUUGCCCGGGUUUCUGAGUUGAAUUAGAUUAUCGCGCUAACAGCCACAUUCCCGCAGUGCACUACGCCCACUCGCUACCCAGGAGGCUCACUGGCCCAGAACAGCAGGAAAUCAUGGUUGUAGUUGCAUUAAUGGGUGAGAGUUAAGGAAAAAAAAAAUCCUGAAACCCGGAUUGAACCCUGGAUUGUCAAGAUUUUUAUGACCAGAAAUUGCAAAACAUCUCCAAAGGACUAAUAGCCCAAACCAAUGAGAAAAUAAUAGGACUUUUUUGUUAACCUCAAUGCAUUCCUUGCCCAAAGAGCAGAAUUUUAAUUCAGAACCCAUCAGGAGGCAACUAAUUCUAGAGUUUUAAGGAAGGAAGGUUGAAUUUUGAUGUAAAAUGUCUUGGGAAAAUCUGGUGGGCAGUUUAGUCUUCCUUAUUUUUAGGAAUAAGAACAUUAAUAAAUUAAUAGAUACCACUGAUUGAUUACAGGGCUAGAAUCUGCCUAAGUCCAAAGGACACUUACCUCCCCAUGGGGUUACCUGUGAAAUUCCCAGUGAAAAUAAUUCAACAAACAGAAGAUUUAUUUAUUUUUCCCUUCAGAGGAGUCAGUGUGUUUCCAAAGGACAUUUUAUCUAACACUCUCAGGGCUAUAGAUCAUGGGAAGGCCAAGGAUUGUUGCCUCCAAAUGGUAGUUAGCAAAGAAAAUUGUAUGUAGACAUAGCGACAGAAAAGCAUUAAUUGCAUUCUUAGAUGCCUGUCAACCACUUUGUAAACAACCCUCAGAUCUUGUCUCCUAUUUCUCUUUGGCAUCCAUGAAAAAUAUGGGAAAAAACCCCAACAUUUUCAGAAUAUAUUCAGGUUGCAAUUCCUAAAUGGAAGCCUGGAGACACACAAUCUUGUGUGAAUCAAAUGGAGAUCCUUAGAUCUAGAUUGGCUAACAGGAUCAGGGAAUAAGGAGAAGGUAAAAAAUCUGACCGUGUAUUUAGGGAGAGAAAUUGCUCAAGGAAAAUGGGAUGGGCUGGUAGUUAUUUGGAGAGAGAGAAGAUGGAGAGGGUUGAGGUCUGGGAAAUUUGGGAAAUGGAAGGGAAUGAUGCCUUUGAGAUAGCCUGUGAAAUUAGGUCACUUGGAAAAAUAAGUUUUUUCAAAAAACAUUCGACAUUCACCAUCCUAAAGGAAAAGCCCCUUGGGGUAGCUCAUAAUUCCUCUCGAUUCACACAUAGCAUUCAACAUUCCUUUUAGUGCUGAAUAUCCAGGGGUAACUUGGAGGAGCUGCUGGAGUCAAUCUGCUCACUAAAGGAUUUCCAUUUUCAUUCUCAUCGUGUUUCAAUAAGAAGAAUCUGGCUUACUUCAAUCUUCUUUGAUUCCCAUCUCUCCAAAACAAAGUGAUGUCACCUCAGAAAUGGCUUGUUUCAGAUCUGGUUGGAAAGAUUUCUUUCUAGAGUCUAUAACAGAACUGUAACUGACUGCUUUUCUUUUCAUGCCUGCAACGUUAUCGCCUCCCCAACUGACGGCAAAGAAAUUGUGAAUGGAGCUUACAUGCUAUAAACACACCGUGUCCAUUUUAUAAACUGUGAAACUGCUUCUGAAUGAUUUCUGGAUCAAAUAAUUCUUAUAAACCAAAGCCUGUGGUGUCAUCUCUCUGAAGAUGAAAGAAAACUGUUGCUCUUUGGG